AUGCGUAGCGACCCGUUCUCCAAGGCUGAGUCCCACACUAUCAUGUCUUGUCACAUUAUGUGCGCAAACGCAUUCCCUCCUCUUCGCUGGAAUAUGGUGGCCACGAUGGUCAUCAAUCAGCAAAAUGAAGGGGAGGAAACAAGAAACUUCCGUCUCUUUCGCCUUUUCAUUUAUUCCUCCAAGAGACAUGUUUUCUUUAGUUGUGAUGCCCUAACAAAUUCGCACGACAAUUUAAAUUUCUCCUCAAUCGCUAAGGUUUCCGCAGUGGCGGACAUAUGCGGCAUCGCCUACAGUAAGCCAUGCAUAAAUACUACCAACUACAUUUUCAUUUAA